GCCAAGCUUAGCUUCUCGUGCGCUGCCCUUGCCGCAGUCGCCAUGCUGCGCUCGGCGGCCGUCCCCCGCCGCUACGGCAACGCCUUGGGCCCUGUGUCCUAUGCCAACCGAACUCCUGUGCCCAAGGACUGGGUGCUGAGAGGAAGUGGACUCCAUGGCCCGGAGAAUGGUGAGGUCAUGAAGCUGGUUCUUUGGAACCGCCUGAAACAGAAGCGCCCCCAGCGCCAGGGGGUCACAACGGCAGACCUGCAAGAGUUCUACCGAAUGGAGGUCACGGUUGUUUGGUGGAUGUUUGGCCUGGUGUUCUUUGUUGCUCCCCUCAACUGGUGGGGAAAGAAAUACCGCAUGGUCCACGAUCACUACCCGUGGAUGGCCAA